GCAGCCUGGUCUGAGCGGGUCUGGACUCUAGAAGUUGGACUACGUCAACAGGAGAGAGGAGAGCGUCCCAGCCCUCAGAGGAGCUGAGCAGAGAAACAUCCUCUAAGUGUCCACACAAGGAGAAGAGUUGCUGCGUCUCUGAGCCGUUUUUCCUGCAGGUGGACAUGUUUGAUCCGCGCGUAAAAGACGCACUGAAGACGGACUAAAAAGCUUUGACGUUUCUUCUUUUUUUCUUCUUUUUCGAUCAUCAGCAGCAGAAAAGAUGUUGGCGAGGAAAAGCAUCAUCCCGGAGGAGUUCGGUGUGCCGGGGCUCGCCUCCCGGAUGCCCCGCAAGCCGGUGUUCAGGGACCGCGUGAACAAGGCGCGCUUCAUCGCCAAAAACGGCUCGUGCAACUUGGCGCACAAGAACAUCCGCGAGCAGGGCCGAUUCCUGCAGGACGUCUUCACCACGCUGGUGGACCUAAAAUGGCGCUUCACGCUGGUCAUCUUCACCACGACGUUCGUCAGCAGCUGGCUGCUGUUCGCCAUGAGCUGGUGGCUGGUGGCGUUCGCGCACGGAGACCUGGGCCAGGAACGGGACCGGGAGCUGGACCUGGGGCGGCACAACAGGACCCAGUGCGUCACCGGAGACAAGUAA